AAAAUAAAUGGCCUAUCCAUUCUUUAAUAUCUAUGGCACAUGGCACAUGGCAUCAUUUCCUUUAUUAUCAGUGUGUAAAAUAUUAUAUUGUUGAUAGGACGAAGAUUAUUGAUGAUUAUUAUGAUAUUAUCCUAUAGCAUAGACAUAAUAUAUUAUAUUAUGAUUCAUAUAAGUAGAUAUUAUAUUAAAUAAUUAUUUUACCAAUUAUUUACUUUUGAUUUUCAAUUUUUUAAAGUUUAAAAAGUUUAACAACGAAAUAUGAAAACUGAAUAAUAAAUCAUUGAAAUAGUGAAGAAGAAAUACUUAAUACCAUUAGUAAUCAUAGCAACAACCAACUGAGAAGUAUCGAUUAUCGAAGUCACAAGUCAAAGAUACCUCAAGGCCCAAGUUUGUCACUAACAUAUUUUGUAUGGGUUCAAAUGACUAGAGUACAGGCUACAGCAUCCGUUGUUUACAAUCAAAAUAAAAUAUUUCUUUAAUUGUAAUUAUUUUAUUUCUUUGAUUUUAUGAAAACUAUAAAAAAUGAAUAAGCAAUGUGCUCCAUCCCAAUACAGUUCUGAAAAUGAAUUUGUCAAUUCUAAAAAAAGACAUCUACAAGAACAGCCUGAUGAAUGUUACAAUCCAAAAAAAUUUAAAUCAAAAGAAAUUAAUUAUAAGCCAGAUGUUGAUAUUGUUACAUUCUUCAAAUUUGAGUUACAACGAAUUUUAAUUAGUUCUAAUGACUUAAAUACAACUAUAACGGAUAUCCUACCUUAUGGAUCAAGAAUUUCAGGUCUUAACAUUUCUAAUAGCGAUGUUGACUUUAAUAUAAACUAUGGUCAGUAUUAUAAUUUGUUAUAAAUUUAAUAUUACAAUG